UCUCAGUUUCCUGCAACCCUCUCCCCAAUAACGCCACAAAUAUUCACUGCGAUACUUUUUGACUUCUUUUGUUCUUUUUCCCCACUGUACCACAGCUCCCUUAUUGUGGACCUUUGGUGACUUUCAUCCCCCGGGGUUGUUGUUUGAAUACAGUUAUGAGUCUGCAUCCUACAGCUAUCGAUAAUGCUACCGUCCAGCAGAUCAUCGCCCUUUUCAAUAGCCUGAGUACACAGUCCGCUCGAAGAGCUGCGUAUUGGGGUAUCCUAGACGAACUGAAUUCACCCGAAUGGGGCGACGUACGCACGCACAUCAAACAACGGACCUUCCAGAAGGACAUCCUGGGCGAGUCCCUUCCUGAGAUCAUCCUCCAGAUUGUGCAGUAUUUGAGCGUCUCCGACCUUUACGUGCUCCAGAGAGUCUCGAGACGGUGGCACUCUCUCCUAUCAUCGGAUUCCACUCGGCGCACCUUAUACCGCUUGUGGACGAACGAGUCCAGUGCCCAUCUUAGAGCAGCCGACUUCACGCGCUACGCCCAACGGAGAAUCCGCUUAGAGCGCGGUCAGCCCGCCGCCUACGAGCCCCGAUCUAUCGUGCUUCACCAUCGGACGUUAGGAGGAGGUCGAGCCGACUUUAAUUCCUAUGACAUUCCCUCGCCCGCCACCCUCGCCUACGCCCACGGACGGUAUGCCUGGCUCAGGCAGCCCGACGUCCUUGUCAUUGACAACAUUCGCAAUUCGACCAGGCAGCAGCUCUGCACAGAAAAUCGCGAUCGCUUUCAGCUGGUGGGCAUUUCGAGUUCUGUGGUGGUAGCAAUUAGCACCCGUGCGUACUGUCAUGUUUGGAGUUUGGGGGCAGAGGAACACGCCUGGUUCCGUAUCCCAUCCUCCAACGUGACCGGCUUUGCCGUCCGCGACAUCACAGUUGCGGUGGCCUACCGCGGUUCUACGCUCACAGAGUCUGGGGAAAGAAUUGACAGAGACUCCGUUGUCUACUGGGAUAUGCGGUCGCGCGCCGCUCACACCAUAGAGAAUGUUCCCCAGGUGGCACUUUUAGAUUUGUAUCCCGCCAAGAAGUCCCUCAUUAUUGUUCAUGUCGAACGGCAGGAGACGUAUCAGGUGUGCGUAAGGAAAUACUCCAUGGACGGCCAAGGACAAGCGUACACCCAGCGCUCCUAUGCAUCACUUAAGAUUCCUCGGGACUGGUCCUUCGAGACGCUAAGCCGGUCGUGGGACAAAUCUCAUCAUCGGUUCGCGGUGUUCUUCGUUCAAUCACCACUAGAUGGGACCGCCACACGAUCUUUUCAGUGGGUGAUAGCAGCUUACGACCCGCAGAUGGAUGAGGUUGCUCUGCAUAAAUUUAAUUGGAACGAUAAGCCCUAUCACUUCUUACGUGCGGCGGUUGUGGACCGCAAUCUGUUGUACUACCUCAGAGAAGAUCACGGCAGCCCAGCCCUUUGGAUCUCCGACUUAUCAGCCCAACCACCCCAUCGAGCAACUCGAGCGAUGUUCGCGAGCUACCAGGAAGCAGGAGGAUUUCUUCUUGGAGAUCGUGAGUUUGUGCUCUUGGCCCACCAGACAGGGAUACAAGUCUGGUUCUUUGACGAUGAUCCCUCGGUCAAGAAAGCUGACUUUGCGGCCGGUCCUCAAGACCUAAUGGUGCCUAGUCGAAACCUGGGGGCAAUGAGCUGACUAUAGCGGGAGAAGAGUCAUCCGUUAAUGGCGGAGAUAUUCUAACCUAUUCUAACGAAGACAUAGACAAAAGAAAUAAACCUAGACAUGGACAAUAUACAGAACCAUCUAUAAGAACUUCCCAGGCGGUCUCACCGAUACCCAUCUCGUGUAUCACCAUUAUGUUUUAACUCGUGCGCAU